CCCUCCCUCGCUCCUCUUUCCUUCUCCGUUUCUCCUCUCUGAACUCGCCCCUUCGCUCUCCCUCCUUCCCCGCCCCUCUCACCCGCACCCCGAGGAACCGACCCAGCACCGAAGACCCCCAGGCUGUGGCUGGACGGGGACCAGGACCCCCCUCUCCAGAGCUGGGCCCCCCCAGAGCGGGCGAUGCCUCUCCAGAUACUCUGCACCGUCUCCUUCUCCAGCGAGGAAGGGCCUGAGGACGCCACGGACACCGGGAAGGGAGAAGACGGAGCGGACGAGUUCCUGUACGGGCAGGAGGACGACGAAGAGGAGGAGGAGGAGGACGCAGGGGCAGCCACGGACUUGGCAGCCUUCGCCAGCAGCUGCACCUUGCACGGGCUGAGCCACAUCUUCGUGGAGGGCGGGCUGGGCGCCCGGCAGGCGCUCUGGGCUCUGGCCUUCCUCCUCUCCCUCUUGGCCUUCCUCUACCAGGUGGGCGACCGCGUCGCCUGCUACCUGGAGCACCAGCACGUCACGCUGCUCCGCGAGGAGCAGAGCCCCGAGAUGACCUUCCCCGCCGUCACCUUCUGCAACGUCAACCGCGUGCGGCUCUCGCAGCUCAGCCGCCGGGACCUGCUCUACCUGGCCCCGCUGGUCCACUACGAGCCCGGCGUGGAGCUGGGCUUUGGCACAGAGCUGGGCUUUGGCACAGAGCUGGGCUUCGCCCCGGCCCCGCCCGGCCCCUGGGAGGAGGAGGAGGAUGAGGAGGAGGAGGAGCCCCUCAAUCUGUUUGGGUUUUUUAACCGCACUUGCCACCGGCUGGAGGACAUGCUGCUGAGCUGCCGCUACCGCGGCCGGCGCUGCGGCCCCGCAGACUUCGCCCCGGUCUUCACCCGCUACGGGAAGUGCUACACCUUCAACGCGGGGCAGGACGGGAAGCCCCGGCUCAUCACCAUGAAGGGGGGCACUGGCAACGGCCUGGAGAUCAUGCUGGACAUCCAGCAGGACGAGUACCUGCCAGUGUGGGGGGAAACAGACGAGACCUCGUUCGAAGCCGGGAUCAAGGUGCAGAUCCACAGCCAGGACGAGCCCCCCCUGAUCGACCAGCUGGGCUUCGGGGUGGCCCCCGGCUUCCAGACCUUCGUGUCCUGCCAGGAGCAGCGGCCCCAGAACCCCUGCGAGAGCAUACGGGGGCACCCGGCAGGGAUGACGUACGCAGCCAACAUCCUACCUCACCACCCGGCCCGGGGCACCUUCGAGGACUUCACCUGCUAACCCGACGUCGCUGGAUGUACAACCCGAGCUACCAAAGCCCUGCGUGCGGAGCUGCCCCUUCCCCCGGAGGGGGGGACACGGCCCCGGGGCCCUCGCUCCCUCCUCGGCACCGAGGGACACACGGACACGAGC